CCGAUGUAAACAAAACAAAUUCAAAAGUCUAAUGGCAUGUUUUUAGGUGCUAGCCGCUAAGCUAAGGAAGGGAAACAGUAAGAGGGCUAUUCUCUCUAUUUCAGCUUUUCAAUGGAAGAAGUAACCAAUGUUAACAAACAAACAAAUGAAACAUCAAGUGAACCAGGAAGUGGCGAGAGUAAAGAUAACAGAAAUGAAGGCUUCUGUUUUACAGACAUGAGUUUGGAAAGUUUAAGGAAGCUAAAUGAAAAGUUUAUAAAAGAAAGAGACUGGGAUAAAUUUCACAGCCCUCGAAACGUCCUCUUAGCCAUGGUUGGAGAAGUUGGAGAAUUAGCUGAGAUUUUCCAAUGGAAAGGGGAAGUAACUCAAGGUUUACCAGAAUUAAGUGAAGAAGAAAAGGUCCAUGUUGGUGAGGAGUUGAGUGAUAUACUCAUCUACCUUAUAGACUUUGCAAGCAGGUGUCACAUUGACCUUCCAACUGCUGUUGUGAAAAAGAUGGAGGCAAAUGCUAAAAAGUAUCCAGUAGAGAAAGCAUAUGGUCAGGCAAAUAAAUAUACAGAUUAUAAAUGAGAGAUCGUCUUUUCGUAUUAGGAAGUUGUAUUUGUAAACUUGAAAUUGAAUUGAUGUCUUUAUGUUAUUUAUAGAGGCGAUAUUAAAGAUUGU